AUGAAUAAUUGCUAUGAAAUGAUUCACAAAGCAUUAAAAUUAAUGGUGCUUCUUUCAAUUCACAGGAAAACAAUGAUUUAUGCCUGCACGUUUGUUUGUGAUGAAAAUAUGUAUAACAUACAAGAUACAACCCCAAAAAGCUUACGAAGUCUCUUGAAAAUAUUAGUAGAUACUCCUCUUACUCAACUACAGUUAACGAAGGAAUGUAUGAAACAGGAAAGAAACAAUUUUACGUUGAUUUCAAAUGAAGUUUUCACUGUGCAUGAGUGGAUUGUAUAUUUAUGUUCCUGCUAUGUCACCCGGUUAUUCCUCUCUACUGUUUGCAUGAUAAAAACUCGUUCAAUUUACUGCAACAAGAACAAUACAAAAUUGCAAUUAAUGUCAAGUUCCGAAAGAAAUAUGGGAAAAGAAAUAAAUACUAAUUGUUUGCCGAACAAAUCACCUAAUUCCCAUCAUAAAGCAAAGAUGCUGGUUAAUUCGUCGCCAUUUUUUGAACCAUUAAGGAUUCUUUCUUGCCUUUCAAGCAAACUGCUGCUGAUGUUGUUGUUUGAUUUCAACCCCAUUAAAAAAGGAAGGCGCAGCUGGAGGCAACUAACAGAUGAAGAAAAUAGAAAAAAAAUCUGUGAAAAUGAGAUGGGGAAUCAUGGUGAAUAA